GUAAUAUGGUGUUAUUCAGCCUGAGAUUGACACAGGCUCCAGGGCAAGGGCUGAUUCAUUAUCCAGCUCAGUUAUACCUGGGGAAAGGAGGGACAAACCUGAUCGAAACUGCCACAGGUGGCAGGAGGAAGGGCUGAACUUUGCUACUGUCAGUAGAUCUGUGGGAGGGGAGCUGAGGAAGGAGCUGCUGCACCUGUACUCACAGGUACGAGAGAUCACCUGUGGCUGGGUCUCGGGCUCUGACUGCACAGCGCUGUACAGUCAUGUAUGUGACGCUGGAGUACUCUGCGUCAGUUCCAUCAUGAAACUGCAACUGUGCUGCAAGAGUUAAAGAACAGGUAAGCUGCUACACUGUAAUACUACUGGUAUUACUGCUGUAAGGGGUGGGUGUGGAACCAAUAGUGAUUAUUUUAUUUUUUAGUGCGGGGAGGGGGGAGGAAUGUGAUACAUUAAACCCUGUCAAGGAAAUGGAUCAGUGUAAACAGUAAUGAAUGGGGAAAAUAUGCAAGACCUCCCAAUGACCUCUAGGUUGGGUGAAGCUAGUCUUAGUAUAGGCAAUCCUUCAUAAGAGAGUAGGUCACACUUAUUAAAUCCUGAAGAUGCUCUGUGACUUAUUUCUUAAGGCAGUGUGUACUCUGUAGGUUAAUCUGUGCUUGGCUCUAGGGGUUCUUUUUGAGUUUACCUGUUCUGGACUCUGGGGGGGUCUUUAGGAGUUUACCUGUGCUGUGGUUUGGGUGUGCUCCAAGGGGUUAAUCUGUGAUAGAGUUUUGGAGCGUACAUGAUGCUAUUUGCAGGUUUAUUAAGUGUCACUAGAUAAGUGUCUGACUCAUGGAGAGGCAGGCGGUGUCACCUGUUGGUUCUGUUAUCUGAUGUUACUGGAUGGGGAAGUGAGAAAUCAUUGGAAGCAGGCAGUAAUUCAGGGAUGUCUUUCUCAGCAAUCACAGCCAUCAGUAGCUGGGGAUGCCUGCAUUAAUGUAACUGGUGGAUGCAAUCCAGUCUGUGUUUCGCUGGGUGACAAUUCUACCGGCCUCUAAUUUCUGUAUUUAGAAGCAAUAUGGUAAAGGUUUAGAGAAAGAGACGUCUACAUUUUACUUACCAAAUACUAAUUUUAGAAAUGUGGUAAAAAAUGCAAUUUUAUUUUUAUUUUAUUUUUUCACACAAUUGUGUUCAGGUGUAUACAGAUAUCGUCAAUAAACCAAACUUUUGCAAAGAGUCCAUAAAGACCUAAACAAGGGACAGGGACAAUAAUCUGGCUCUGCACUAGUAUGCACCUGGGCUUUGGGACAAAUAUACACAAAUUACCCUUUUUUUCACACAAUACAUGCAGAUCUUGGAGUCGAUGGGAUGGCCCUACUGACAUGGAGCAUGCAAUAUAUAGGUUUUGACGGGUGGAGGCUGCUGGAGUUGCAAGUGCCUUAAAAUAUCUCUGCAUCCUCCAUCAGUAUGACCUGUGCAGAUGAUGGCACAUUCACAAAGACUGAGCAAGAGAUGAAAACUGUUUCUGUUGUGUGUUACUGUGGUCUACUGAGAAUUCUCCUAAUUGGCCAGUCCAUACUGAGAUAGUGGGCAACAAAUGCAUACAGUGCUGGACUAGGAAAGGUUCCCUACUGCCUAAAUCAGGCGUAAUCAACCUUUUACUACCUACCGCCCACUUUUGUAUCUUUUUGAUGGUAAAAUUUCCUUACCACCCACCAGUCCUGCAGUAACUAAUUUUAUAGCGCAAGUAUGAUUUUUUUUUUUUGUUUUUUUAGAAAGGAGAAAUAUGUCUUAAAUGUAUCUUUUUUUUUUUUUCUCCUUUUUUUUUCACUUUGUGUGUGUGUGUGUGUGUGUGUUUGUGUGAGGGUGACAGUGUGUGUUAGAAGGAUGCAGUGUGUGAGAGAGAAGGAUGCAGUGAUCUCUCCUGCCAGCAUUGGUCCACGGCCAACUAGGCCCACUGGGCAUUUUCUGCAGAACCCACCACCGCCCACCGGAAAUCAUAAACCAGGUUGACUACCCAUGGCCUAACUCCUACGGUAAUCCAACAGACAUGAUAAUGCGUCUCCGGUUAAUUUAAUCAACAUAAGAAUGGUUUGAGACUGCAUUCCAUAACCUCUGUAUGCAACUGGCAUACUAAGAGGCAACAACAACCUGCCCAGUGGCGGAUCCAGGGGGGGCAAUGGGGCAAUUGCCCCCUCUGAGAAAUCCGCCGGUCUCCCUCUCCCCUGCCAGGACAUGCAGGUGCUAGCCCUGCUUAUGUGCCUGCGGAUCGGGGAGGGAGAUCAUAGAUCUCCCUCCCCGUUCCGCAGGCAGCUGGCAGGGGAGGGAGUGAGAGAGAGGACCCGGGAGCUCAGGCUGCAGCUCCUCCGGGUCCUCCUCUCUCGAGAUUUGGAGCAUUGCCGUGGUUACCACGGCAACGCUCCAAAUCUCGCGAGAGUGAACUCUUGCCCUGGAGCGUGGGUUAGAGUUCACUCUCCCCACUGAGACCACCAAUGAAUCCCCCACCAGACUACCAGGGAUCGAAAUAUGUCCCCCCUCCUCCUCCAUAAAGGUAAGAAAGGAGGGGGGACCUGCCCCCCAUACACACACACUGCCCCCCCAUACACACACACUGCUUACUCUGCCAUACACACACACUGCCCCCCAUACACACACACACACACACACACACUCUACACUACCCCCAUACACACACACACUGCCCCCUUACACUGCCGUCCCAUACACACACAUUGCCCACACUCACACUGCAAUACUCACACACACUGUAACUGUUACACACACAUACUGUCCGAAACAUACACUGCAUCCCUGACAUACACUGCCGCCCUCACUCACACACUACAACCUUCACACACACACACACACACACUGCACCCCUUACACAUUGCACCACUCACACACACCACUGCUCCUAUGCCCUACUACAGCUCGAUUUCCCAGCAGACCUCAGGUAAGUUGUCAAACUGUUCUUAAACAAUUUGACUACUUACUCUGGGAGGGGGUCCCGGCACUAUUGACACCAUAACCACUACACUGAGCUGUAGUGGUUAUUGUGUCUGGAUUAUUUCUUUAAUCCACAAGUACCCCUCCCGAGAUCAGGCUCUGGAUCCGCCACUGAACCUGCCCCCAUUGCCAGCUCUGCCAUGGCCUGUGCACACCCAUUAAACAUUCCUCUUAUGGCAGUAUUCUGUACAAGGAAUAGUUCUGCACUCUCAUUGUGAUUUUAAGAGAUUGUGGUAAACAAUGUUGACAUUAAGAGGAAAAAAAAAAAAACUUUAUUUUUAGAAUGGUGUACGUUAAUUUGCACAACAGAGUCAAGUACAAAGAGUAUACUAUGCAAACCAAAAAAGCUAAACCAGCAUGUUAUCCUAAAGACACAUUCCCCAAAUGUCAAAAUAAUAUCAAUAUACCAGAAGGAUGCACACCUACUAGAGUUGCUUAUUGCCGACUCCUAUAGGCUCAUUGUAAGUUAUUCGUCAUUGCUUAGUAGUUUUUUUUUUUUUUUUUUAAGCCUUUGUCACUUGUUGCUGAUGUGGUUUUACAAUAAUUUAUGUUUUGAGUAAUAAAGAUUACUAUUGGCAAUAAGCAAUUGUAGUAGGUGUGCAUUCUUCUGUGUACUGAAAGUUAUUUAGCAAAAGUACAAAUUUGUGAUGCAGCCUACAAUGACCAAUUGCUAAGUAUUCAGAAAAAACUAUAGUAGUAUUAACGUAAAAAACAUCCACAGCCACAAGGUCAGUGUAUAAAGAUCAGCAGCACUGGUGGAUACAGUGUAUCCAGUCAAUUGUAGCGCUCAGCUAGAGUCCCAAAAUAAAGAUACAAUGUGUAAAUCAACAUUGUCACCGUAUGGGGACUUUGCUGCAUUCGCAAAUGGAACAGGGCCAUUUAGACUUGAGUGAAUUAGCCAGUAGGUUCAAGGCCGGUGCUUGGAUUUUUAGGUACAUAGGCGAAGAUGCAUUUUUCCGCCCUCCCCCCUCCCCCCCCAAAAUCUUCACCUAUGUGCCUCUUAACCAGCCCCUCUCCCCUCCCCGACCAUUAGUGGUCCCUUCCGUUCCCUGUCCCUUAGUGUUCUUCUCCCCUCCCCCCUUUCCCCCUCCCCCCUUUUUUCCCUGUCUCUUGGUGUUUCUCUCCCAUUCCCUCCCUGUCCCUUGGUGCACCCCCACCCCUUUAGUGGUCACACUUCCUGGUGUGUGCCUCCUACCUCUAUUGUUGCAUUGCCGAGUGGAGCAGAUCCCCUAAAGGAGCUUCAGUUUUCUGUACCCGGACGGACUGACAGGGAGUGCUCUCUCUGUGAGCACCUCCUGUCAGUCUGGCCAGGUACAGGAAACAGAAGCUCCUGUACCGCGCUCUGCUCCACUACACUCUGUACACACUGACAGUCACACACUCAAUGAUAAACACACAGACGUCACUGACAGACACAGACUCAUUGAUCUGACACACACUCAUUCAUUGACACUGACAGACCCACACUGAUUGACACUCAUUGACAGACACACUGAUAGUCACACACAGACUCAAUGACAAACAUACUCUCACUGAUUUGACAGACACACCCUCAUACACUGACAAACACACUCAUCAUACACUGACAGACACACUCAUACACUCACAUGCACACACACUCAUACAAUCACUCACAGACACACAGACAGUCACUCACUCACAAACACACACUGUCACUCACAGACACACACCAAAGCACACAGUCACUCACAGACACACACACACACUGUCACUCACAGACACACGCUCAGUCACUCAGACACACACACUCAUACAAUCACUCACUCACACACACUCAGUCACUCAGACACACACACUGUCACUCACAGACACACGCUCAGUCACUCACAGACACACACUGUCACUCACAGACACACGCUCAGUCACUCACAGACACACACACAGUCACUCACAGACACACACACACACAGACACACAUCACAUACAUUCACUAAUAAUUUUAUAAAUAAACAUUUUCCACCCAGCCUCCCUACCUGGAGAGCUGGUGUGGAUGCUGGAUCGGUCCCUGAGGGCUGGGGCUGCUGAGAGGCGCGCGGCAGUGCUGUGAUCAGGCGCGCGAGGGAGCUCUAAUCUCCAUCCUCUGCUCCCUCGCGGGCUGCCUACUGAUGACGUCAUAUUCCGGCUCCCGCGGCAUCAGUAGGCAGCGCGCGAGGGAGCAGAGGGUGGAGAUUAGAGCUCCCUCGCGCGCCUGAUCACAGCACUGCCGCGCGCUGCGCCGGGGGUAGAGAUGGUGGCCUGGCAGGAGGGAGAGCUUCCCUCCUGCCGGUCACUGAAAUAUUGCGCCCCCAGAGCCCGUGCGCCCUAAGGCGGCCGCCUGUGCCGCCUUAUGGACGCGCCGGCCCUGAGUAGGUUACUAUAUAUUUCUAAUAGGUUACUCAUUCCUAACUGGGGAUGGGAGAGUUAAAUACAUGAGGAUUCUGUAAAAAAAUGAAGAAAAAAAAAAAUCUGAAAAGUGCGUCUGUAGCACUUCAGAGCCCUUAGGGGGGAUAUCGCUAUAUAAAAAUGCAGAGUUUUAUCAUUUGGAAAAUAAAAUAUUUUGCCAGAGAAGCUGUGCUAUCCUGCAGUAGAGGCAGCCCUAGAGGCAAGUUUUGUUGUAGGUAAAUGCCUUUCAGUUAGUGAGGCGUUCACCUGGAUCUAUUUCAGGUCGUUUGACCAAAUCAGUUAUUUAUUCAGAUAUAAUGUUAAAAAAAUGCAUACCUCAGGGCUGGAACAAAUAAACAUGUCUCCACUAAUUACAGCUCUGAAGUAUAUCUUUUUAAAAUGCCUGAAUAAACAUGAAAUAUGCUCAUCUUGCUUAAAGGUGUGUAAGGGGUUAAAGGGAUAAGAGACCUAAUCCUUUUUCAGUAUAACUUGCCCCAUUGUUUUUUAAAGAAUGAAGAAAAUGUACUAAAUACAUUCAUUAAAUAAAAACUAUGCUUGGUUAUGAUACAAUUACAUCUUGUGCUCUGAGCUCUACCCAGAUGAGGAAGUGUCUGAUGCCGGUCAGCUAAUGUGAUCUCUCCAGGGCCGGCACAACAGCUAGGUGAAUUAGGCAGUCGCCUGGUGGUGCAAUGUCCGGGUGACUGUCAGGAGAGGAGUGCAUUGCACAGUGCUCCUCUCCCCACACUGUAUGUAGCUUCUGUAUCUUGUGAAAGUGCUCAUUAAGAUCACAAAACAGCUUCCUGUCAGACUGGGGAGAGAAAAGUGAAGCUGCUUAACUGCAGUCUGCAGCUUGGUCAUGCUACAUGGGAGGUGAGCAGGCAGAGGGAAGGGAGGGAACCACACUGGCAGUAAAGAGGCACACAAACGGCUGAGGGGGUCAAAGAGAUGCACAGAGGGCUGAGGGGGGGGGGGACACAGAUGCACAGAGUGGCUAGGGGGCAAGAUAGAGACUCACACAAAGGGACUUGGGGCAGGCGAGACAGAGACUCACACCAAGCCACACACAUUGGCCAUUUUUUUUUUUUUUUUUUGGGGGGGGAGUGAGGGUGCAAUUAGGUAGUAUUUGGUUGUGGUGACCUGAAGUGUACGGGAAGGGCAAAUAUUUGUAAAGGCUUACAGGAAUAGAUGGUGAGCCAGGGACAUGCUAAAUCUGGUCUAUUUAUUAAAAAGGUAGUCCUACUAGGAAAGAGUCAUGUUUGUCUUGCAUGAAUUUCUGACAGCUGUGCUUAAAUUUUUUUAUAUGUGCUUUAGGGUUUCAAUGUAAUGCUAUAAAGUUAACAUGCAUUUUGGUGAAAUUCUAUGGCUAGGACCAUGCAUACCACUAACCAAGGUUCGCCAUUUGGGUGUCACUGCAUAUGCAUGAGAUUACCUAACCCCACUCUAAACAGCCCCCUUGAGUACCCUUACCGCCAGCCACUCCAUAUCCUUCUAAGACUGGUACAAUUUCCACAAUGUGACCUGGAGAUUACCACCGGCUACCUAGAACUCCAUCCAGGGUAACAAGUCAGCAUCCACCGCUCAGAACUUUCUAGGAGUAGCACUCAAACAUCAGAGUGCUAAUUGGAGAGAAGGAUGUAGAGGUAAAGAGGGAUCUGUAGAUGAUCAUGCACUCCUCUCUCGUAGACUCCAGUAACACAUUUUCCUUGAAUGGGACUAACUGGCCACACAUGUGGAACUCUGAGCCAGAUCGGAGGAUGAACGUGACCCUGUCAAACUGUAAAGUGUUGUAGCUUGGACUAGGAACCUCCAAAGCCUGGCUUUGUUCCCUGGUGUCCAUUGAUGUACAUUAAUGUGUUAAGUAUUUAUGGCACUGCAUCCAUGAAGGAGAAUUUCAGAAGCGCUCCACACAUGGGCAGCCGUGAUUGACAACAAACAAAGUAACUUCUAGCCAACCUAACAUUCAUGUGGCCUAUAUUGACACACUUUAGUUUUGACAGAGAUACUCCUUUCUAGAAGGUUACUCCUGCCCCAUCAUUGUGCCCCGUAACCAUCCCAACGCAUGUUUAGAGAUGUGUAUAUUUGGGAUUCAUUUCAGAUUGGUGUGGUUUUAUUUAUUUUUUAUAUUAAGCUGCAUUUGGAUAUAUAGCUUAUAUAAUUUAUACUUCUGAAGCACACAUUUGUAAAGUAACCCUGUAAAAGAAAACUAGGUCAUUUUAAUAUCCUGGAGUCCUGUGAUUUUACAAUCUGAAACCCUUAUGACUCAUUUAUUCUUUGUUUUCCAGUUAUGUGUUCAUUGUAUUGUAAACAAUACGGUGAUCCAUGUCUAUUAGCCACGCAUUAAGCUUCAUAUUGACAUAACAAGCAAGCGGUCAGUCAUGUGUCAUUUACAUUAAGCAUGUGCAAGGCAUCCUGCAAUGACAUUCAUGUUUAUUCACCAACCCUGAAUUGUAGGGAAUUACACAUAUUAGAAUAAAAUAACAAAGCUGAAACAGGAGAAGGAGAAUUUUUCCAGCCUGACUAUUUUGGUAUAAAAGUUUUUUUGUUUGUACUUUUAUGUUACUUCAUCAGAGUCGUAAAAGGUGGUUAUAACGUGACAUGUUUUAAUUAUAACUUUAAAACUAAGCUUUAGUUCUUCAAAUUACAUAUCCUCAUUUUGACAUAUUUCACAGAUGAAUUGAUAAAUCGUUUUCCAAUAUAAUGAUGCAAUGCCUUCCCAAACCACCUCCUCAUCCAGUUGAACUGGAUUAUUCGAUAAACCCACACCCAAUUAGGAAGUAUUUUAUGGUACACUAGGGCACUCAAGGGGUUACUUGCCUUAACUUGUGCAAAUAAGACAAUUACUUAUAACAUGUGGAACUGUCACGCCUUUUUUUUUUUUUGCUCACCUUAAUCGCUAACGACUCUUUGGUGCUUGUUCGUUUUUGUUUGUUUUGGGUUUUUUGCCUCAGAUUCUCUGCAUUAGUUGCAUUUUUGCUAUCUCUUUAUUUUACCAUAUUUUUUCACAGUUACUUCUCACACAGUGCACCAUUAUGUGUUCUAAUCAAAGGGCAGUUAAGGCAUUCUUGUAACACCCUAUAUGUAUACUUAUAGAUGUUUAAAGCAAAACAUUUGGUGUGCUGGGACUCAAUGUUUUUUAAUAGUGGUCACUGAAUCCCAAAUCGCUUUACAAAAGUAUAUAUUUGUUGAAAGACUACCUCUCCAGGUUACUACCCAGGACCAUUUUUGACAUUUUCAUGUUAGAGCUUUAUCACAAGUCUCUGCCAUAAUUUUUGGUUAAAGUUUGUUUUUCACAAAUCUUUAUGCACAUUGCAGUUUCCCUGUGAAUAAUAGUUUCCUUAUGUGGGCUAAUACAGAAACUCAUUUUGUGGUAUAAUCGUAUUCUUUUUUUUUUUUUCUCUUCAGCUAUUUGGUCUAUUUAGAGAUGUGUCAAUUACAGAUUUCAGACUUUCCAGUUUGACAGAUUGAUUUUCUAAGCCUAGAUCACGUUUUGUGCUGAAGCGCUCCAGUUCUGAAAUGCCAAUGCCAUGAAAAACAUUGGCAAAAGUAAUAAGAUUGGGGCAUUUUGUUAGGGACCAGGGACCAGACAGAACAAAGAUGCAAAACUCCUUUUUAUUAAACAAAAAUAGCAACAAAUGAAAUAAACCAAAAGCAAAGUCCAGGAGGCAAGCAGGGGUCAGGCACCAAAGUGGGUAGUCAGAUGAGCUGGAAUCAGGAGAACGGAGAGCAGCAGAGUCAGGAACCAGGAUUUACACAGGAAACAGGAAGUCUUCUGGGAAACGGGAAACCAAGCAAGGAGGUACUGGAACUUGCUGCUUAAAUAGGCUGCACUGAUUAGCAACAGGGCUGGCUACUAAGAACCAGGUGAGUAACCGUGGAAACAGUAAUGAAGGAGCUGAUCCUUAACAAGCAGCUGAAUAGCUCAGACACAGAGAGAGGAAGGGAUUGCUGUUCAAAACAGCAGAGAAACCCUGACAGUACCUCCCCCUCAAUGGCCUCCCCCACCCUCACAGAUGGAUUUAGGUUUCAUGGGAAGCCAGGCAUGAAAAGAAUGAUGGAGGCACCAAGUAUUGGAUCUGUCCUCUGAACAGUCAUGAAUCAAUUAUGCUGCGUAUUUCAUAUUCUUCGUGGUUAUCAACCAGAACAGGAUGUGGACGUGGCACCGAGGUGGUGUAGCGAUUACAUUUACCAAGGGUUUCAAGAGGGGAAACAUUAAAUACAUUAGAGAUCUGCAUGCUAGGAGGAAGAUCAAGUGCAUAGGCUACAUGGUUAACCCUUCAAAGUAUAAGAAAUGGCCCAAUGAAGUGGGGUGCCAGUUUUUGUGAGGGAACACAGAGCCGUAGGUUGUGGGAAGACAGCCAGACCCUCUCUCCGACCUGAUAGGUAGGUGUCUGCAGUCGUCCUGGAGUUUUUAGUUCUGUAUUGCGCGUCGCAAAAGUUCUGAACCUGCACCCAAGUGGAACGGAGUUCCCUGAGAUGUUCCUACAAUGCCGGUAUCCUGUGUGGCAUGAACAUAUUCGGAGACAUGGACGGUUGAAACCAUAGUUCGCCUAGAACAGGAAUAGACGGGAAGAGGCAUUAAUAGCACUAUUGUGGGUGAACUCUGCCCAGGGUAGCAGAUGUGGAGCCAGUUGAAAUAUCAAAUACCCUUUUAAAGGACUCCACAAAUUCAGGGUUCCCAGAGAGAACCAGAUAAAGACAGAACGUAAAUGCAAAACACCUUUAUUAAAUAAAUACCAACAAAUUAAAUAAAUCAAAAGCAAAGUCCAGGAGGCAAGCAGGGGUCAGGCACCAAAGCGGAUAGUCAGAGGAGCCAGAAUCAGGAGAACGGAGAGCAGUGAAGUCGGCAACAAGAUCAGAAAUACACAGGAAAUAGGAAGUUUUCUGGGAAACAGGAAACCACACAAGGGCAAGGAGGUACUGGAACUUGCUGCUUAAAUAGGCUGCACUGAUGAGCAACAGGACUGGCUACGAACAACCAGGUGAGUAACUGUGGAAAUGGUAAUGAAGGAGCUGAUCCUUAACAAGCAGCUAAAUAGCUCAGACACAGAGAGAGGAAGGGUUGCUGUUUAAAACAGCAGAGAAACCCUGAGACAUUUUUAGUUUUCACGUGGCAUUUCACCCUGAACUUCAGAUGAAUGAACAUUGCAUUUUUUUUUAUUUUUUUUUGGGUCACAAUCGCAGAUGUGUCCUACAGGGGAAAAAAAACAGAUUUAGCUGUCGACUAAGGUUCAGUUUUAUUCCAAUCACUAGGCCUUGUAGCCAGUUGAGACCUGUUACAGUACUCCUUUAUGUGAGCUGUUCUCAACCUAACCACAUGCAUAUCUUAUAGCAGUGGCCAUCUGACAAGGUAACAGGCUCGCUAGUAUUGAAUAUUGUCAACUAAAAUGUUGUUAAUGGACAGCUAUGUCCAAAAUUCUACAGGUCAUAGAGGCCAUCCCUUUUGACUAUAAUAUUGAUCCUCACAAACUUUGCAUAUCUCUAAGGAAUUUCACAUAUUUAGAACAUGGUUUACAUUCUUAUAAUACACUAUUUUUAGAAUACCAGAAAAAUAGCUGUCUUUCUAUUUUGUGAUUUACAUUAUGGCCAUGCUAUAAUAAACUGGACCAUAUUUAUCCAACACCUGUUUGGAAUGGAGGCGAAAAUGCUCUUCAAUUUUUAAACCAUCAAAAAUUGUGACUGGUAAAUAAAGAAUGUUUUUGAAAGGCCAGCAACCAAUUAGAACCUUGAAUUUCCUCAUGAAGUUUGAUGAGCAUCAUUUAUCAUCUGUGACUGUUGCCUGUUAGAAUGUGUGGAGCGAAUGUCCCCUCCACAUGCACCAAAAAGAAGCAAUCCAGUCACACACUGGCAGUUUAUUUUUGAGUUGACUGUUGACAAACCGAGGUGCCCACUUUCAUAUUUAUCAAAUGACAUAUUUUAGUUAUAAUUAACAUUAUAUUAUUUAAACCGUGAAUGUAAACUUUUUGAGGUCUUGUAUGAGAGUGGCAUUUAGUACAAGUUCUUUAUUUUUUAAUACAUAUCCAUAAGAAAUCUCAGUUUGUCUCACUAGUCAUUCACUGCCAUUUAUGUAUAUAUAUAUGGGGGUGGGGGUUACUUUCCAGCUCUGAUGUGUAUACCAUAUAUAAAUUAACUGAAUGUUAUAACCUCUCAAUCUGGAUGUUUGUAAAGAAAGUCUCUUUAUUCAUCAAUAUUUCUGCUAUCCUAGAAUGUAUAUUGAACCUACCAUGUUUGGCCAAUACUCAAUGUCAAGGCAAUAAAUCGCAUCUCUGAGAUAGCUAGAGAUAGAUAACUAUAUAUAUAUAUAUAUAUAUAUAUAUAUAUAUAUAUAUAUAUAUAUAUAUAUAUAUAUAUAUAUAUAUAUAUAUAUAUAUAUAUCUAUAUAUAUCUCUCACUGUGCCAAAAUAUUCCAUUUGUGUUUAGAACAAAUUAAAUUUAGAACAACCCAAUAUGAUUGUUUAACUUUCCUUUAAUCUGUUGGGUAAAAGCUAUACUUGCCAGACAAGUCAACUCUCACAAUGCAUUGCAUUCAUUAUCUUUUUACCUUUGUGUAACCUGCACAUGCCUUUCUGGAAAUAUGAGGAGGGUGUGUAGGAAUAAUGAGUUAGGAUGACUGUGACUGGCAUUUCAGGAAUUAUGCCUGCAGUGUAUGUCGAGUCUAAUGGAAAAGCCACCCAUAUCAAACUAAUUUCUUUUAAAUAUAGGAAUGACAGUGAGUGAAUAAAAUAAUUUAAAAAAUAACAUCACUAUAAACAACAAUACAAACCCUAGUAAACAAAUGCAAACGAAUUGCAGCAAUAGUAUAGGUGUAGAGGUGACACAACACAAUGGAAAACAUGAAUACAAAAAGAUAAGUCCUGCGCUCACUCCCAUCACUACUGGGCCGGCAGCAAGGACUACAGUACACAUCAGCCCCAAUAUAUAGUAAAAACCAAAGAAAAGAAAAAGUUACCUGCGCUCUCUCCUUAAUCCCUAUGUAUAUUUUUAGACAAAUAGGUCAUUUAGUUGCUCCAAUGGCGAUUGGAGGGAAUGCCCGCCUGUCAACGUCAAGGCAGACCCCCCUAAGCGGGUCCUAACACUGACCUAACAAGACGCGAGGACUUAGAAAAAAUAUAUAUACAUGCAAGUAUUACUGAAAUGGAUAAAAUAUUGCGCUUAUCUAGAGCAGAAUGUAACCUGCAUAUACAGAAUAUAAGUGCUGAAUCCAUCCAGUAUUACAAGCAUCACUGGAUGGAUAGAGUGUUGUGCUCAUCUGAAGCAGAGUGUGACCUGCAUAAACACACUAUAAAAGCACAAAAUCUAUCCUAUUACUUCUUUAGAUCUUUAAUGUCAAAUCAUAAGUUAAAUAAGGGUAUAUCAAAGGGGUAUAUCAGAAUCCAAAUUCCUGAUUAAUUUUUCUUUGUUCAAAACCCACUAAUUUAGCUCAAUGAAAUGAAAACACGGUAGAAUGAGAUAACACAAGACAAAAAAACUAAAAGCAAAUUGAAUCAAGAUAGAGUGUAAAACCCGCUUAAACAAGAUAUAUUCAAAUUGGCGUAUUAAAUACAAGCCAGUCGCAAUAUUAUCGAGUGGGUAAUAAUCCACUCUAAUUCCCAUCAAAUUUAAUCUCGAUUUAUUAUGCCUUUUAUCUUAAUCUCAAAACGUAGAUCAAAAUUAUUAUAAAAAUAGGUAAAGAUCAAAUAGAACCAAAUAACAGAAGGUCCUUCGAGAGUAUACACAUGGAGGGGGAGAUGAAAAACAGGGAGGUAGGGGAGACAAAAAAAUAAAUCUUUUAAUUCAAUAAAAUAUUACAAAAUAAUAAAUAAGCCAAGAAAAAAUAUAUAUACAAGUGGUACAAAAAAUUAUUAUUAUUAUUAUUAUUAUGGCUGACAGGUUAAAUAAAGAAAAAUAAUAAUAAAUAAAUGAAUAAUGUAUAUGAUCAAGAGAAGGGAUCCAUGUGACACAUGUACCGGAACAUUCCAUUAUCAAUGGUUAAAUGAACGGUGCGAAUGAAAAGCCUUCGUUAAAACCUAGGGGUUGGAGUGUCUUCACUUCAUAUAUCCACCUAGACUCCCUCUGUCUUAAGAUCUUAUCAAAGUCUCCACGCCUUGAAUUUCUCUUCACUAAUUCUAGUCCACAGAAUCGAAGGUUAUUAGAAUCACCAUGAUGGUAUUCUAUCAAAUGUCUAGAGAUAGGUGUCUCCAGACAAUUCCUGGGGGACCUUACAUGUUCCAUAAUUCUGUCUCUAAAAGCCGUAAAAGUUUUGCCUACUUAUUUUUGUCCGCAUGAGCAUGUCAGCAGGUAAACAAGGCCCUUUGUAUUACAGUUAAAGAAACUCUUAACCUUAAAGGCACCUUGUCCAGCACAGGACAAUUUGAAUGGGGGAUUGACAGACACAUUCUAUUGGUAGACUGCUUAUAAUGACGUCCCAUGAUUUAUUAGGAGGAGGAGGGAUAACCUUUUAUAACGGGUGAGUGUGAGCGGGGGAUUCCUUACCAUAUUGUAUGCCCUUGAGAAAGGCGGUUUGCCCGCCGAGAUGCGCGUUGGGCUAUUUUCUUUGAUGCUGUUACACUUUUUAGCAUCCCGUUAAAUGUUACUUUUGUUUUGCUCUAUGUGCUGUGCCCAUAUGAUAUACUGACCGGCCGUUUUUUUCAAUAGUUGGAGCACUUGUAUCUAUAUUAGGGGUACCCACAGUGGAGGUGUCCCUUCCUUUUUCUUUGUUGUGGACCCCCUGUGGACUACUUCUUUUCCCCCUUUAUUUUUCAUUAUAUGCUUUCUUCUCUCCUUUCGAUUUCUUACCUUUUAGUGAUAAGAUUUUUGGGCAUCUUAGAAUAUUUAGAUACUACUUUUGAUUCAUAAGGGGGAUUUCUUAUGUGCCAUUAUCUGUUGAUAUUUGUACUAGGACACAGCACAUUGGCUCUUUGACCAUCAUUCACAUUUUUUGCAAUCAUAUAUCUUGUGAGUGCAUGAUGCUACAUUGUUUCCAGCAAUAACUACUAUGUUCACUACAAGUGUGGUAACCUUUUUUCAAGCUCUCACAGAUUGAUUCAAUAGUGAUUGAUUGCUGGUAUCAUUUAUAUUGUUUUUCUUUUUUGGGAUGUUCAAUCUACAUGUUUAAUUUAUAUCUUAUUAAAGUUUAUUCUAGUUAUACUAGCCUGUAUAUUUAUAUAUCCUUUUAGGGGUAGCUUUAGUAGGAGGAUUCCCCUCGGCUUGAUACGGGAAGAUUUCUCCCUACUAUUCUUUCUAACUCUGAUUGUUGCUAUAUGUUAUGGUUUGAGCAAUUGACAUUUUUAUGUGCCACAUUCUUUAGUGUUUACAGAGAAUGAUGUCAAAACCAAACCUCCAGUGAGCAUCGAUUUAGUGGACAAAAAAAUGCCUUGUUAAUGAGUAUGGCCAGCAUACUUCAAACCGGCAAGAAGGUGCUUGACAUACGCACUGAAAUUACCAUAUUUUACAGAAUUAUUAUGCAGUGUGCAUCUGGAACAUCCAUCAAAUCUUGACCUAGAUGGGCUAUAGCAGCAGAAGCCCAGAGUAGGCACACUAGAACUGGGCAAUACAAGUCCAAUGAAUUCUGCCUGGUCUGACAAGUCUCCAUUUUUGCUGUAGUAUGUAUGAUAGUAAAGUUGUCAUGUGCUAUAAACAAGCUGAUUUCAUCGAACCAUCCUACCUUGGGACAACAAUUUAGACUAGUUGCACUGGUGGUGUAUUUGUGUGGACCCUAUUUUCCUGGCACAUGUUGGGCACCUUAAGAGCAAGCAAGCAUUGUUAAAUGACCGCAUACCUGAGUGCUGUUCCUGUGUUUUCCCUUUAUAGCCACCGUGUCCUUUUUUUAUUUAACUAAUUACACAAACAUGACAAUGAUGUCAUUGUACUAUAGUGGUGUGCAUAGGCACUAAAUCUCAAUCCAACAGAGCCUUUUAGAAUGUAGUUGAAUGUCAAUCACACCGCCAACAUGAAACAAAUGGUUCCUUUUUUUUUUUUUUUUUUUUUUUAAAUCUCAGCACAUUUUGUUCCUUGUUAAUUGAACUUUAAUCACACAGUAGCCCGUUGCAGUCUAUUAACAUAGCAGGAGUUCAGAGAUUCUAAAUUAAACAAAGUGUUCAAUAAGACAAGCUAAAUAAUCUAGAUUCAUUUUGAGGAAGUGUGUAGGGAGGCUAUGUGAGUCUCAGCUGUUGAGGCUUGGCUAUGGCUGCAUAAACAAAAGUGAUUUGAGCACCGAGACUGCAGGAGUAUAAUAAAUAUAAAUAAAUAUAUAUAUAUAUAUAUAUAUAUAUAUAUAUAUAUAUAUAUAUAUAUAUAUAUAUAUAUACACCAAAUUCACUUAAGAUAAAUUUGUUUUUGUGCCUAAAGUAUAUCCCUUUUAAACACAUGACCUGAAACACAAUCUCUAUGGAAUAUUUCCAACACCUUACUAAAUCCAUGCUUUCGAUAAUUCAGGCUACUUUGAGGACCAAGGCGGGUCAACCCAGUUUUAGAGAGGUGUAUCAAAUAAAGUGCCCACGAAGUGCAUGUUUUGCUCAUAGUGAGCAGCUGGUUUAAUUGUAUCAUGUGUUUUAAAUUACAAGCUUAUGUCUGAAGGUUUUCCCCCCUGCUAUUUAAAUCUAUAGAGCUAUUUUUUUUUUUACCUGCUUGCAUGAGUGUUCUAACUACGUACAAGUGUUUUUGAAGAGCAAGACCAUACUUGUGUUGAUAUAUCAUUCUGCUUAAAGGAUGAUCAUUCUGAAUGACAUCAUGUUGGAAAUAAAUGAAUAUCUUUUUAAUUUAUGAGCAGAAAAGCAUUUAAAGAAACACUAUAGUGUUACAAACACAGACCUGUAUUCCUAAUUCUAUAGUGCCGUGAUAUAGAUAUAUAUAUAUAUAUAUAUAUAAUAUUAAUUAUAUGAAAGUCCACAAGAUGGACUGAAACAUUGAUCUGUUUUAGAAGCUGGAAUAAAAGUUAUAUUUUAAUGGAAUUCCGAGAGUGCAACCAACUAUUUUUCUGUUUGGAUAUUUAAGCCCUGGCAUUGCACCCGGUUUUUAAAAAAAUGUGGAACCUGCGUGCAAGGUACAGUCUAUUUAUUUAUCUAUAUAUAAUCCCCACCCCCUUCUUCCUUUUUUUUUUUUUUUAACAUUAUUUAAUAAAAUAAAGGUUAAAUUUGCAUUUUUACAGUACCGAGACUCCCUUGGCGCUGCUCACCUAUCUGGCUUUCAUGACCUCAUUGAAAAGGAAUGGCCUUCUCUGGCGAUGGUCCCAUGAAAUGCUGCUUCUAGAGGAGCACUGGUCACACAUACAAUGCUUCUCAUAGGAAUGCAUUGAAUUUAAUGCUUUCCUAUGAGCUUCCAUAUCACGUGACCGUUUUACUCCGUCAGUGCAGCGAAUGCACUUCUACUGGCUGUCAGUAUGACAGUAAUUACAAGGGUGCUUAACCAUUCAAGGUAAACAUCACCCUUUAUUUAAAAUGCAUUUAAUUGGCUGAGAUUUUUAAUACUAAUCUCAGCCAUGGAUGUGGGCUGGGGGCAGAGCUAAACGCUGUCCUGGCCUAUCCAAAUCUCCUCAUAGUGAUGAAUUAAAUCAAUGUAUCUCUAUGGGGAAAUCUCAACAUCUCCAUACACAGGUGGACACACUGAAUGUCAGUGCAGCACUUUCCCAGGAAGCACCUCCAGUGGCCGUCUAAGGAGUGGUCACUGGAGGUGUCCCUAGGCUGUAAUGUAAACACUGCCUUUUUUCUGAAAAUACACUGUUUACUACAAAAUACCUGCAGGGUCUGAUUAUACUCACCAGAAUAUCUACGUUAAGCUGUAGUUAUUCUGGUGACUGUAGUGUCUUUUUUAGAAAUCCCUCUCUGCCAUAGAUCAAUAAUAAACCAGAAGUUGCACUGAUAAAGGCUAUUAUAUAUAAUUAUUUAGUUUCAUAAUAUUAAAAACUGAGUUUUCCUUUAACUCAGGUGGUCACUGCUUAUUAUAGAAAACUGUAAAUGUGUGCCCUCCCAGCAUACCCAAAAGUGGCACAUAUUUAAUGCUUAUAAUGUACAGAGGAACACCUUUGCAGUAAAGAAUAAAUGGUCAAUCCUGAGGAACAUGCUAUAUUCAGGUCCAACAGAAGUUAAGAGUUGUAAUUUGUGGCUGCAGCUUGAAGGGAUGAGAUGAUCUGUCACUAGAGAAGAUGGCUAUGUCCCACAGGCUAAAAUUGGUCAGUGUUUUAUAGGUGUGGAUUGGUACCUUGAAUUGACUCCUAAGAAUCCAAUGUAAGACAGAGGGGAGAGAUGUGAAAGAAGCGACAGAAGAGGAAAAUCAGUCUAGCUGCAGCACUCAUUACAGACUGUAGCAGGGCAAUAUAACUUGUGGGAAGACCUAUUAGGAGAGAGUUAAAAUAAUCCAUGCAAGAGAUUACUAGAGUAUGGACAAGCUCCUUAGUAGCAUCUCGCGUAAGAAAGGGGCGGAUGCGGGCUAUGUUUUUAAGGUGGAAUCUACAGGAUUUGGUAACAGACUGGAUGUGAGGCUGAAAUGUGAGGCCAGAAUAAAGUAUAACGCCAAGACGGCGUGCUUGCAAGGAUGGACUGAUGUGGUUACCACUUACUUGAAGAGAGAGUGAAGGAGAGGUUCAGUAUUUGGAGGAAGAAAGACAAGGAGUUCAGUUUUAGAGAGAUUGAGUUUCGAAAAGCGAGACGAUAUCCAGUCAGAGAUGGAAGAAAGGCAAGCAGUGACACAUUGCAGGACGGCAGGGGACAGGUCCGGGGAGGAGAGGUAUAUCUGAGUGUCAUCAACGUACAGGUGGUAUUGGAAUCCAAAUGAGGUAAUUUUGCCAAGAGAGGCAGUAUAAAGAGAAAAUAGGGGACCAAGUACAGAGCCUUGGGGGACUCCAACAGAGACAGAAUGAAGGAAGGAGGUUUCAUUAGAAAGGAGACACUAGAAGGAAAACCAAGAGAGGACAGUGACCGAGUGUUUGAAGAGUUUCGUGAAGUAGAACAUAGUCAACAGUGUCAAAGGCAGCAGAGAGGUCAAGAAGAAUUACAACUUUGGAUUCAGUUGUGAUUAGGUUGUUAGUGACUUUAAUAAGAGCAGUCUCAGUAGAGUGGAGGGGGCGGAAGCUAGACUAAAGAGGAUCAAGGAGAGAGCUGGAAUUGAGGAAACCUGUAUUUCCUGAAGCUUUGAGGAAAAAGGGAGCAGGGAUAUGGGACGAUAGUUAGAAGGGGAGGACGGGUCAAGAGAUUUUAAUUUUUUUUUAAGAUGGGUACUAAGGGCAGCAGGGACAAUGCCAGAAGAGAGAGCAGUUGAAGAUGUGUGUUAAGGAAGGCACAAGAGGAGAGAGAUCUGAUGAGGUGGUGGGGCGGGAGGAAAGUAGAAGCGCAGCCACCUCUUGUUUAGUAGCCGGGGAGAAAGUCUGAAGGGUAGGAAAGGCAUGAUCCAGGUGUGGUUGAGAAAUAGAGGGGCCUGGUCAUGAGAACUCUUUAUUUAGCUAUUAAAUCUUGUCGGUAAAGGUAUGGUUGACAUGAGUGAGCUUGAAAGAUUGUAUUUUAUAGAGUAAACCCAGCUUGUGUCCAUACACGUUGUGUGGUGAGGUUAAUAGUUGUGAGAGCCUGUUUAAUGCUAUUAAACACACACAAAAAAUCUUAAUCAUAAAAUGUAAAAGGGGUUUAUUGUUCUAAGAAAAAAAGUCUUCCUUCCACUAGUGUCAAAGAACAAGUAGCACCUUGCAUGUCUGUAAUUGUCUGCUGUGUUUAUAUACUGCCACGGGCUGAAUGGAUGCAAUCCAAUUUUAUAAACUGGCAUUUAUCCCAGGAAUGUAGUGUGUUCACAGGUAUCCUAGUGUGACCAGGGUAAAUGAACACAAACUUACAUCACACACGCCUUGCUGGGUGUUUGGUACUACAGCAUCUACUUGUACAUCAAACACGAAAUGCAAUCUUACAGUCUAGACUUCAAAUAAUUUACAAUUCACAUUUAAGAAAUAAAAUUAACAAAGGGUCAACGCUAAAGUGAGGACUAAUGAACCAAUGCUUUCAAAACCAAUAGAUUCAAUAAUUGAAUCUGCUUGACAUCCUGUGUUGGUAUGUGAUGCUAUGUGCAUCCAGUUCCUCUAAAUGCUGAAAAGAGUUGGUCCACCCAAAAAAUAAGGAUAUAAACCACCCAGGUGCAAUAAAUACAAAAAAGUAAGUACCCUUUCUUUUGAAAGUAAGGUAUAACAAAGGAUUCUUCUCAAUUCUCAAAAUACAAAUGGCAAAAAACAAGAUAUACCUAAAAGCAUAAAGAGGAGAAAAAGGAAAAAAAUCAUAGGGUAAUAACAUAAAUAAUAGAAUUCAAGGUUGCACUCACAGCGUGUGUUAAGAUUUUACAUCAUUGUUGCACUAUGUUCCUUUUAAUUCUCUUUACAUGAAUCAUUGGACAUCUGAAUAUUGCUGGAUCUUUUGGAACCGACAGAUUAUUGAUGAGCCUGAAUUUUCUGCUACUCUGUGAGUGCAAUCUUGAAUUCUGGGGUUCUCUAUUAUUUACGUUAUUACCCUAUGAAUUUUUUCUUUCUCCACUUUAUGCUGUUAGGUAUAUUUUGUGUUAUGCCACCCAAUGAAGGGCAAUGUCAACCUGGCAUCACGCAUGAAAGCCAACAGCCUCUCCAGCAGGGCUUCAACAAAGAAGAACUUGCAGAGCGUUCUCUCUACAUGGACCUAAAUGCCCACCAUACAGUUGGAGCUCAUCUAAUGAUGCACUCAAGCCAUGCUGCCUGCAGACAGUUCCUUGGUGUUUCACAUUCAGGGCACCGGGGGAAAAAAAAUCAGGAUUGCGGGACAGGACCAUAAAAGAGAGACUGCCGGCUGAAAUUGGAAAGUUAGAGGUCUAUCUAUGCAAUGCUAUGAGAAGUAUCUGAUUUGAACAUGUACAUGUAUUUUUUUUUUUUGGUAGUGAAAGGAUUAAUGUAUAAAUAUUAUGUGUCAGGGAAGUACAUCAAUCUCUACGCAUGCAUUCCAAAAUGUGAAUAGAUUUCUUACUGGCCAGCCUCCAACCUGUAAUAAACCUCUCAAUGAUUCAAUUACUCCACAGCAAUCAUUCUAAAACCUGUCACCAGUGAACACACAACAGGCUAGGACCUGUGUAUGCUGGAAAAUAGGUAAGAGAAUUGAGCUUCUAAAAAACCUUUAACAAAUACAAAAUUGUGUUUAAAUAUUUAUAGAUCUAUUUUAAUGGACUCUUAUUUUACAUCUGCAUCACUGAACUAAUACUGUGUGUGUUUGUGUGUAUAUUCUCUAUUGCCCACAAAUAAAUUAUGUAUAGAAACUUUUUUUUUUUUUUUUUAGUUUUCUACAUUAUUCCUAAUUGACAAACGUCCAAACCUAUUUGUGUAUCAUUUUCUUAUUAUCUUCAGCACCUAUAAACUGAAGUUUAGUUAUAAUGCACCUGAUAUACACAAAUAUGUUACCGUUUCAAUUACUGGGAUCAACAAGUUAUCUCUUAUUUGUUUAAAAGCCUCUAAGGAAGCAUUAUACAGUUGCACCCAGUAUUCAGGAAAUAAAUCGGUGGAAUUUACUUGACUGAAUAAAACAUUGAAAUCACCUAUAAGGUAUGUUUCAACAAUGAUUGCAGAGACCAAAGAUAGAGGUGCCUAGUUGCAGGAAAAAGGGGUGUGGAUUUCUGCAUUUAAUUUUAUUUUUUUACACUUUACAAAUAUAUAUUGGUUGAAUAUGGGGCUGGGUAAACAUAAUAUUUAAAAUCUAGGAAGUUACAGUUUCCCUUUAAGUUGUGAAUUUUGAUGCAUAGAAUACGUUUGGAAGGCUACAAUGGGGUACUGAAUAAUUUUAUAGUAAUGUAGAAUCUCUCAGUAUAGUGGCAAAAUUACUACAACUACACCUUGAAUUUUUUUUGAAUUUUUUAAUUACUUAAGAUACAUUGUCGUGUUGUCCUGACAUUUUGGUGUUUGCUGAUCCCGUGUGAAUAUAGAAUGUCCUGGAUUUAAAUGAAAUGAGUAGGGAUCUUGAGUAUUUACAGACUAAAAUGUUACACUACAAAAACUGCAUUUUAUUUGUUAGUGAUUUAAGCCUUUUAUAUUGUGUAAGAACAAUUGCACUUAGCCAAGACUCUCUUAUCUUGAAAUCUUAAUUACUUGUGUGCUAAGACUCCUAGAUAAACACAUAUUUCAUAUGAAUGAUGUUUGUUACUGAUUAGAGAGAGCAACAUGAAGAAAGGAGACCUAUUUACAAAGAUGAGGGAUCAGAAGCUGGAGAGAGCAGGACAAGAUACUGUGUGGGUAUUGAAUACUAGUGAAAGUAGAGGAAGGGGCAUUCUGAAGGGUACUAUAUCUGGGGAGUAAAUAGAAGGGGAAUGAUUUAGGACAAGAUAAAAAGGAGGAAAGUGUCAAUGAUUAGUAAAAUAAUGUGAAUGCAUUUAUGGUAGCUCCUGGAAUAAUACUUGGAGAAGGAAGUGGAGAUAAUACUACAGAUAGACAUUGCAUAAUAAUACUGUACUGGGAUAGCAUGGCAAUAGAUUUAUGAAGAGAAUCAUUAUAUAUGAGGAAUGGAAUUAUACCAUUCACUGAUCUUUUCAACUUAUAUUUUUUUUUAACAGGAGUUGUUCCACAUGACUGGAGAACUUCACAAGCUCUGCCACUUCAUAAAACUGGCCGUAAGGAGUAAUUAGGUAAUUAUAAGUUAGUCUCACAUCUGUCAUGAAGAGACUGUAAUGAAUGACCUGCAAUCGUUACAUUGCAGACCCUUUGCGGAGUUGUUCUAUAAUCCAGCUGACUUUAUUAUAGUCCUUUACAAUCUGUUUUUGUUAUGCGUUGCAAUGACUAGAAUAGAGGCAAAAUACAGUGCAGUCAGGAAAUCAAGAGUCUCAAGAUAUUGAACUGGAUGGACUUAAGCAACUGAAGUUAAUAAUGUAAGAAGUUCUAAAAUGGAGUGUUCAAGUGUAAUGACACACCAAUAGAAGUGCAGCAUUAUUCAACAGACACAUUUACCAGCUGCACCACUCUGUGUCACUAUGUUGGCGUACAUGUGUGCUGUAAUGUUGUUUGUGUUGAGUAUGUGGCCAAACCAAAAAUAUAAGUUAAGCCCAGUCCAGGCCCCUUCACUCUCAUUGGAUGUUAUUAGUUGUGUUUUUUUUGUGCAACGUAUUUGCAUUUUGUCCUGUGUCCUAUAUACAAUGUAUUUGUGUGCUGUAAAGCAAAGUAUGUACCUGGGCCCAUCUACCCACCUUUUCUGUUUAUAUCUGCUUCCGAUAUGAGACUCUCCCUACCUUUAAAAGUACACUCCAGGCACAUUCACCACCACAAAGCACUGUAGUUAUUAUGGAGCCCUGGUGUACCCUCAUUGUAGUCAAACUUCUUACUCUGGGUCAGCAGGGUAUGGCUCCCCGUUUCUUCUAGCUCAGCCAGAGAGCUGGAAGCUGAGAUCAAACAGAUGACACACUCCGCCAAUGACCUCGCUCUGCAUGCCAAGCUUCAGGUCAGCUAACAGAAGCUACUUAGUAGGAGUAUCCAGCUAUCUUCCCUGUCUGAAGUAUUGGAGGUGGGAAGCAGCGCCUGGAGGACCCAAGAUAUGAAGUGAAAUCAUUCAAAAACGUUUGACUCUUUACGAUGGGGGAUGGGGCACUCCUGGCACUAAAACAAAUGCAAUACAUUGUAGUUGUUAUGGUAAUGGAGUGUUACUUUAUCAUCUCCCUACAGACUGUGAAAACGAGGUGCCACUAAGUCUAGCAUAGAAAUGUUUGUACCUAAACAUGGAACCGAUUGAUAGGACCACUUUUUAAUUCCCCUAUUUGUAUAAACACAGCUAACAAGCCACCAAAUCCAGGUAUGUACACUGUUCUCACAAAUACAAUACAUGUAUUUGUUCUCACUGACUUGUCCUUGUCCUUCUAUUUGAUAUUCAAAGGGAUUUGGGAAAUUCAGUUUUCCUUAUUGCAAGGGCAGGUAUAAUAACCUGAGCUAUUUCAUUUUGGCAACCUCUGCUUUUCUUUAACAUGCGGGUAAAUUCAUGCCUACUAAAAGAUCCAUUAACCCUCAAGUUGUCUUUAAGUUUUAUAAUGAAGUCAGCUUUUUCAGUUCAAUGGAAUUGGUAAUCCAAGCUUAUUUAAAAAAAAAUGUGUUUUUGUUUUUUUUUUUCAUUGGUUUUAUUUAUGGACAAACAGGUUUCUGAAACGCGAUAGCAACACUUCCAAGAAUGGGAGAUGAGAUGGUGAUACAAGACAACCUGAAACAAAAUGAAGAGAAUAUGCUGUAUUUGUAUGGCUCAACUGUAGGACAUAUUACUGAAGAAACUGAAUAUAUUCGAAGGGUAAGAACCCCUUCCUUCCAAGUCACUGAAUUUAUUAAAUAGAAAGCAUGCACAAUAACCCCCACCUGAAUAAAGAAGUUGUAGUAACAGAGAUAUAUAUAUAUAUAUAUAUAUAUAUAUAUAUAUAUAUAUAUAUAUAUUUUUUUUUUUUUUUUUACACUUGCAAAUAUCAACUUCUAGAGACUUAUGGGAUAAUUUACUGAAAAUGGAAUGAAGGAAGUCGGAACAUUCCUUUUUUAUAAAAUUCACUGUAUAUCAUCCACACUGUAAUAUAGCCCCACAUAUGGUGACUUUAUGGGGCAAAACACUAUACCUUUACACAGUAGCUUAUGGCUAAGGUUUCAUGGUCAUGAAAAAAGAGCUGCUUCCCUGGACAUGGUUACAGAAACAGCAGCAGUGUUAAAGAUGGCAAGAUUCCUCCAGGUGGCAGGUUUACACUGCUUAGCAUCUUCUUUUAAGGAGUCACUGUGCGAGGGCUCAGGCUAGAGCAAAGAGUCAGCCAACAGCCGCACUUUACACCAGCUUCCUUUCACAGUUACCAAAGCACAUUCAACAUCGUGGGUGUAUUGUCACACCAACAGAUUUUCAGGUGCCACCAUGUAAACAUCUUGGCAAUUUUCCACUGCUUCCUACGUAAAGGGGCUGAUUACUGUGAUUGACUUUCUGGCCAACUCAUUUAUUUGCAUGGGAAUAUAAGCGAUCUAACCCCAUUUCCAAUCCCCCUUCCGUUAUCUUACUUUUCACUAACUUCAGAGAGUACUCCCUAUUAUUUCAUAAGAGCUGAACAUAUUUUGCUUUUACCAACUCAUGGGGAGCCAAGGUGUUUUGUUCCUGAUUCAUGGAUUAAAGACGCCUGAUGAUAGUGACUCUCAUAUUCUGUUGUUUGCAACGUGUCGCUUGUACGUUGAAUGCAUUGUUUACAGGGAUGAUAUUGAGGGUGGAUUUGACUCUUUACUUUGAGCAGCAUUAUUGCUUGGCAUCCAGCUAGAAUAUGUCACACAGACAAGGAGUGGAUCCAUCUGCGUCUGCUGGAAUUGCAGGGACAUUAUUUGCUCUUUUAUUCUUUCAUGUCUGCCUAGUUCAUAUCUGGUGUCAUACCCUUCCCUUCUGGGCACAUAUUCCCAAAUCAGAAGGUUAAGGUCCCAGAACCAUAGGCAGCUCACCCGUUGACCCCAGUCCAUCAUUCUUUACAUAAGGCUGGUAAAUGGAGCCAAGCAAAUUCAUGAAUUGGGGGCCCCCUAGCCUUAUACAUUGCUUGCAAUAAACUCGAGCCUCCAGUAUUCAAGUAAGAACUUUUAAAACGUAGCUUUUAUGUAUGGUGUUUACACGUUAUAAAACGUGUAAAGCUAAUUACUUGGUGGACUAUGCUGUAUUAAGAUUUAGCAGAUGGUACAUAUUGUUUUAUUUUUUGUGCCAUGAUUUUUUAAUUUUUUUUAUUAUUUAUUCAUUUUUAAAUCAGUGCUAUAUUUUAAAGAGUACUUACUUGAAUCCUGGAGCCUCAAGUUUAUUGCAAGCAAUUUAUUUGGUGUCUCUAGCCACGGUGUGUAUUUUAAUUACAGAUUAUUAUGAAGAACUGGAAACACCGGCUGCUGGCAUAGGUAAGGGUUGCUGAGUCCUACUACUAUAUCAUUUCUGUAUAUGGUUAUCAUGCAGCUGAAGCACUAGGCAGCUGCCUUAGGUCACCUUGUGGUUAAUAAUGCUCUGUCUCAUGUAUACCAUAUGUUCGUAGAUUAGUGAAUUUUACAUGGAGCAGCAGAAAGUGUUGAGCUGUGUGUGUUUUAUUCAUUUAUUUAUCUUUAACAUUCCACACUAUCUAGCGUAGAGUUCUCAUUUCUGAAAUACACGGAAACUAGCAGAGAUAAAACCUAUCAUGUGUAAGACCCAUAGCCACCAUGCAUAUAUACAUUUGUCUGUGUGCUGUGUCUCAUAAAAAACAUUUAUAGGAAGACAUAACUGACCCUUCGAACAGGUGAAUAGUUCAUUCAGUCAAACCGGAUUAACAGGAAGCUAUUUAUCUGUAAUUUUGGAGGAAAUUCCUCUAGCUUUGCACAUAGUGAAACACCACUUGGGAGGACACAUCGACAUCGGAAAUCUGUAGAAUAUAGACUAAUCGGCUCCAGAGAUGGUGACCCUAAGACUCCAGAUAUGCUUUGAAACCCUGAGAUAUGCAAAAUUUGAGAUACAAUGGAUGUUAACUGCAUGCUCCAUCACAACGUAUGGUUCUUACAUACAUUAUUUUACACAAAUGCCCCUAUAUAUGUUUGUCUUUGGCUUCUAAUGACUGUUAUCUGCAAACCCUACGGCAGCUGGAAGCCUACUUACCACUGGGAUAUGUCCUGGGGGACAUGCCACACACAUGCUUGCCUAACAUGUGUCCACAGAGAGGACAGCACUAUACAAGUCCUUUCGAUUUUAGAUCCUUCACAUACAGCUCCAUUCAGACAGUUCCUCCUCAGACUAUCAGUGAGUUGAUGGGAGCUUCCUGGGGGACUUGCUACAUUGGUCAAACAAGCACAUUAUCCCACCACACUCCACUUCCCUACAAUAAUAAUAAUAAUGAAGAAUACAGCUACAUAAUAUACCUUAGUAUUGGACUGUAAUACGUCGGCUUGCCAUUCUCUCCAUGUUGUAGCCUAAGAGGCUUUAGACCCUUGCUUCUUUGCCAUCUGUCCCGCUGUAGCUUACUGCACCAUUUAAUUCACAUUUUGUUUAUGAAGUUCAAGAUAAAUGCUCCUGUCUUCUAAACUAUCAGUAAGUAUCCUGUAAACCUCUACUUCGUGUCAAACAUAACCGGUGUUAUGUCAGACAUAUUUCCCACAUUUUCCUUGUUUGUGCACAGUUACCUAGGAAAUUUUAUGUAGUGACUGGGUUUGUAUUAUUAUAGAAUUAUAUGACUUAAAGCAGAGUAUACCUCAUUUGUUUGGUGCAAGCCACAAGCUUGCAGUGCUGUUUUUGUGACUGUUUUCCAUGUAUCUAGAUAUCGCUGUAUUGUCUGGUAACCCGUGGCAACAUUCUGAUUGGCCAAAGAUCGUGAGACCCUGCACAGUCUGUGGCUCACACCUGCCAGAGCUGCAGACUAUGCUGGCUCUCUGCCUUUCAGGGCAGACUGGAGGGGCCCUCCUGGUGUCAGAUCCUCGGUGAGGGACCGAGGACCUAACACAGUCUGCCUGCCCUAUGGCGAGUUAGGCGGCUGCGAGUCCUUAGGUCGGCCGUCUAACUCGCCUAAUUAGAGAGUCACCGACCAGCUACUGACAGAGGUGGAAAAAUGUCACCCCUGUCAGAGUACCACCUGCAGCCGUGGCUCCACCACGGGCUAUGGACAUGCUGGCACUGGAAAUGCAGCCCGAUAAGUCUGCAGUACCUUGUGACAACUUUGGAGAUUCUCUAAAUUAGACACGCAUGACGCAUGUUAACCCUGAACCCAGUUUUUUGUUCUUUUUUACAUGCCCUAUAUAGUGCUGAUAUUUUUUCACAAACCAGAAGCAAACUGAUGAAAAUAAAGUAAAAAGUUCUAAUUUCAAAGGAUCCCAGCUAUGAGUGAGACUUUAAGCAGGUGGGGAUUUUUUAUUUGAGAUGUGGAGAAGUAGGAAACAGAUUAGAAAUGUUUAUGGUCAUGUUCCAGGUUUUCCACAUGGUGGCAGCAUCAGACCAUAGAGCAGUGAAAUCUUUAACAUUAAGCACUGUAUUUCCAGGCUCAAUCCAUUGUGAUGCUGUUACAUGUAAUUUGCAAAUAAAAUGUACCCAGAGCACUGGUGUUAAAAAAUAAAAUAAUAAAAAAUAAACAAAAGUGAUUUUUCCAGAUUGUUUUAAAAAGAUAUAUACCUUUUCAUAAAUAUUGGAUUUGCUAGUCUGACCCAUAGUAUGAGUACGUUUCAGAAAAGUUGAGAUUUUAAAACACUCUCUAAUACUAGGCUUCUUAUUUUUCCUUCUCAUAAUACUAAUCCUUCUCUUUCACUCUCCCUGCAAGUUGAUGGUAUACACAUCACCCAGCCCUUAAAGGGACACUAUAGUCGCCAGAACAACUACAACUUAAUGUAGUUGUUCUGGUGAGGAUAAUAGCUCCUUUCAGGCAUUUUCAUGUAAACACUGCCUUUUCAGAGAAAAGGCAGUGUUUACAUUGCCCGUAGGGACACCUCCAAGUGGACAUUCCUUAGAUGGCCACUGGAGAGGCUUCCUGGCUCAGGGCUGCACAGUAAGCAGCCCUGCCAUUCAGCGUCCCCACGCUCUGCAUGUAGACGCUGAAUUUUCCUCAUAGAGAUGCAUUGAUUCAAAACAGAAUUUGGCCCCGCCCCAUGUCGAUUUUAGCCAAUCCAAUGCUUUCCCUAUGGUGUGACAAAGGGGGCGAAGUCAGCGCCGGCGGGCCCCUGCGCCGUUGGAAAUAAGCUUAGUUUUAAACUUUUAUAGUUGGGCUAGGGGGGGGAGGCAAGCCACCUAAAUGGUGGGUUUAGCACUAUAGGAUCAGGAAUGCAUAUUUGUGUUCCUGACCCUAUAGUGAUCCUUUAAAUGAAUUCUGUCCUGGUGUCUUUAAAUCAGGCCUUACCCGUUGCCACAUCCUGUUGAUUCCACCUUAAUAACCUUGCCCGCGACCACCCCUUUCUUAAGCAAGAUAAUGCUAUUAUUUUCUCUCAUUGAUUACUGUCAUUCUCUCCUAAUCUGUCUCCCCAGAAACUGUAUUCACUAUAGUCGGGCUGAUUGUUUUUUUUUCCCCCUCUGUCAGUCCUUUCAUUGGUUUCCUGUAUGCUAAAGGAGUCCCUUACUGACUAACCCUUACAUAGAAAGAUUUAAACAAAUUGCCUCUGGUUUUUUUGUUUGUUUGUUUUUUUUCCACUAAUUCAUAGGUACGCCCCUUUUCAGUUUCUCUCCUCUGCUGGUGACUCUCUCCUGUCCGCUGCUCGCACCCUUUCUGCUAAUUUGCAAUGACAGGACUUCUCACGGGCAGCUCCUUUCGUUUGGAACAGGCUGCCUACCCACAUCAGACUCUCCCGUAGUCUUAAUCAUUAAAGAAGGUCUUCAAAAUCCACCUCUACAGAAAAAUGUGUAAGGCUUCUCAGAGUAACUUCUGUUUCACAAACCUGCCUUUCUCUCCCUUAAAGGGCCACAAUCCACUCUCCUAAUUCUGUUCUGCAAUUUUCCCACCUUGUCGUUUUGGUUGCUACCCCGACACCCCUCUUUCUAUUGUGGUUUAUUACCCCAUCUCCUCUAGAUUGUAAGCUUGUUUGAGCAGGGUCCUCAUCAUUUUAUAAUAUUGUAAAGAACUACUGAAUAAAUUGGCGCAAUAUAAAUGCUAAUAAUAAUGGUAUUAUUACUAUAAUAAUAAUCCUCAUGGCUUAUGUAUUUGUAUGCUGGGGGCAUAACCGGAAUUUUGUGAUAUUGGGGUACAAGUAGGUAAUUUGUGUGUUAAAUUUUUUUUUUUAAAUAUGGUGCUUAAAGCAACACUCCCACCCCAAUAAAAUUUUAAGCCUAUUUAGAUAGCUAUGUAGCCAGGAAUGUUUAGAAGCCUUAUUUCCUUCUAAUGCUGUUUAGUAACAGUUUAACCUUGAAGUCAAGGCUCUACACCUGGUGCUACUGCCUCUGGUAUAUUGUGCUUUUGUUGUUGUGCUGUACAAAGAAGGGAUAGUCAGGUGACCAAGGUCACCUUCAGACUAUCAGUGAGCACACACUGCCGAAAAUGCUACACACCUUUGCUCUUUAAAAGAAGAUCACAUGAGAAAAGUUAACAGAAGAUUAAAGUGAUUUUUCUCUAUAUUAUUUAAUAAUUUCCAGAUAAGUGUCCUUUCCCCUUUAAAUAUACUGUUUGGUCAGACUCUAGUGCAAAUUUUUUUUUUUUACAUUAAGAGGAUAUUUAUGACCAGCCUUUCUCUGGCAAUAUGCAAGUGAUGCUAUUCAGGUUAUUGAUCUACAUUUAGAACUUAAUCUUUAUAAUUAACUUCCAUAUUAAUGGGACACUAAAGUUCUCAAAGCAACGUUGGCUUAAAGGACCACUCUAGGCACCCAGACCACUUCAGCUUAAUGAAGUGGUCUGGGUGCCAGGUCCAGCUAGGGUUAACCCAUUUUUUCAUAAACAUAGCAGUUUCAGAGAAACUGCUAUGUUUAUGAAUGGGUUAAGCCUUCCCCCUAAUCCUCUAGUGGCUGUCUCAUUGACAGCCACUAGAGGCGCUUGCGUGCUUCUCACUGUGAUUUUCACAGUGAGACGCAAGCGUCCAUAGGAAAGCAUUGAUAAUGCUUUCAGCGGAAUGCGCGCGCGCUCUGCUGCGCGCGCAUUCAGACGGGGAGGAUCGGAGGAGGAGAGCUCUCCGCCCAGCGCUGGAAAAAGGAAAGUUUAAACCCCUUUCCCCUUUCCAGAGCUGGGCGGGAGGGGGACCCUGAGGGUGGGGGCACCCUCAGGGCACUAUAGUGCCAGGAAAAUGAGUAUGUUUUCCUGGCACUAUAGUGGUCCUUUAAUGAAGCGGUUUUUGUGUAUAGAUCAUGCCCUACAGUCUCACUUUUCCAUUCUUUGCCAAUUAGGGGUUAAAUCUCUUUGUUUACGUUUAUGCAGCUCUAGCCACAUCUUCCUUAAUUGUGUAUGUCUAUUUAUAUUUUUGCUGUACUUAAAUAUGUCUGCAAUGCUAAUGGGACUUCCUUCUCCUCCGCUGUGUAGUUGCAUUCUCUCACCAUGUUUUGAAUUCAUUCUGUGAUCUGAUUAGUGAAUCACUCUUUUUUUUUUUUUUUUUUUGGCUUCGGUGAAUAUCACUGCAGGUGGCUAUAUUAAGGAUUAAAAUGCAUGUCUUUACAAUUAAAAAAAAUAUAGUAAGUGAGACUUUUUAUUGAUGUUCACUGAAGCUCGAUACACAAAUUAAAAAUGAACUAAUAAAAGGUGGUUUCUGCUUACUCCACUUCCAGAUUCGAAGUACAUUGGAAAAGAUUCAAAAUCAGUUAUAUAAAGAUGAUAUUAAUGGCAAAAACAUUAUUUCCAAAAAUGAGCAGGUAAAGUAACUGUACACUUGUAAUUAUCAGCUUUUUCUCUUUUUUUUUUAUUUGUAAUGUUAUUAUUUGAUAUAAGGACCUGUUUCUGGAAGACCAAGGUGUAUUGCCUUUCACUAGUAACUAAUCUUGUGAGUUUGAGGAUGGUUUGCUAGAGAUUAGAUAGAAUUUGUAAGAAAUGCAGGUUGUUUGCAUUAGAUGUCCUGACUUUCCUUUUCAGCCUGCAAAGCGUAAAAUCAUAUUUAUCUAAUGUAAAUACAAAGAUCCGUAUAUAACAAAGUAAUAACUCUAAUUACACCUUUUAUUUGCAUCGUUUCAACAUUUUUAUAAUUGUCUAUUGGACUUGUUUGCUUUAAUGCACUCACUCCCAGUGUCAUAUACAGUCUGUGCAAGAUAAGUUUCCUUAUGUAAUUGUACUUGUUAUAUGUAAAGGUUUUAAAAAUAUUUACAUCAUUAUCUUAUUGUAUACUAUUAUUAUUUUUUACACCUGCUAAUAUAUCAUACGCUGUGUGCAAUGUCAAAAAUUAGUUGCCAUACAAUCUCACAAAUGUUUCAAGGAGUCUUCCUCGUUGUGGUAAUGGGUUUCGAAAAUUGCUCUUUAUUCUAUGUAUAUGUGGCACAGAGAAUUGAGGUAUGAUACAAAGAACAAGACAUUUUCAACCAGUUAAAUUGUGUUUCUUUCAUAAUUAUGUGAAUUUACAGCACAAUUCAGUUGAAGAAAGCUCAUUUGGCUCCCGAUAUAAACAGAUCUUGGAGAAGUUGAAAGACCAAGACUUGUCCUUGGUUGAAGCCUACAAAGAAAAUGAGGAUCUUCAGAUAAAGGUACCUCAAGUUAAUGCUAUGUACUGUGUUCACUCCUUAAUAUUAUUUCGAAUUUGGUAUGCAUCAUGCUCUAUCAAUAUGCAAGGUUUAUUUUCGAAAAGCAAAACAUUAUUAAUAUUGUGGCGAGAUCAAAAGUUGACCACGAUUUCCCAAGUUCUAGCUAAUAUCCUUUAUACAUUACAUUUAACGUAUCACAAAAAACAAACCAUAUAAUAAAUAAGACCUUUUUUUACAGCGAUUAGAAAUAGAUCUUCUGAAUGGGACGAUGGGUCAUCUGCAUUCUAAAAUAUAUUGAUGUGCAUUUUUUAAAAAAAAAUUUUAUUCCGUAUUGUAUUGGUAUGGAACCGUGACUAAAACGAUAAACGUCAAAUCGUCGCUGAUGAUGACUUGCAUCCAUUCAGUUUCCUUCUUUCCUCAAACUUUCCUAUUUCCAUCAUCCUAGUAUAGAUUAGCCUCUGUCUCUUCAGUCCUCAAGACUCUCUCAGGGUUAUGUACUAAAGUGAGUUGUGUAAUUAAUUUGGCCAAACUGGAGAAACUUUCCCAGUCAUCUAGGCUUCAAAUUCAGUUACUUUGACCUUAAAUUUGUGAUUCACUUUGCAUCCUGAAUUCUGACUUAAGUAAAUAACCAUGACAGUUCCAGAACUAUAAAAGCUCUAUUAUGUACAGGUUCUAGUUUUUACUUAAAAAAAGAGCCAAAUAAACACAUUGUACAAAUCAGAAUAAAAUAUUAGAAUUUGAAAUGCAUAAUGUUAUCCAUGAGCAUCCACAGUUUUGAGUGAGAGGUUUAGGGGGGGUUCCGCUCCAAGAACAUAACUAAAACAUUUUUUUUUUUUUUUUUUUUUAAAUCAACGGCUUGUAUAUUGUGGUAAACUUUCUGCUAGCACAGUUGUCCUUUUAACACACUGUUUACCGUUUGCAUGCCUUCAUUCCAGAAUGUUCCUGACCCGAUUGACUCUUAAACUGAAAUAUCUAGGGAUUAUUUUUCCAUACAAAUAUUGUCAUUCUUUUUGAAAGUCUACUAGAGUGGUCUCAUGGUUUACUGUAUAAUAUGCCAUCUCGCCUGUGAAUUGUUACUUUUUAAAUAAUGUAUCACGCAAUUGUUUCAGCUUUGAUGUUUCUGUCUCAGAUUUUGUAAUCUCUCAAUGACCUUCACUACUGUUAUUGAUACAUCUUUGUCAUUAGUCAGUUGCUGAUGUGUCUCAAUGUGAAUUUUAAAUGCUACUUGAUGUUCCAAAUAUAACUUUGUUAGUUCUUCUGUCCCUGAACAUGCAAUUCAGUCUCACACACUUGGCCAACAAACAUCCAAACAGCUGACUGUUCAAAUACCUGUGCUAGUGAUAGGCACAUGCUAGUAUUUCAUGCUUAGCGCCUUUUUGCGCAAAAAUAUUUGUGAUAGUUGGUUCACUUGUAAUUUGUAUGGAAUGUUUCUACUCCUUUCCAGUUAGAAGCUACACGUGAAGCCGGGUCAGGCGCUAUUCGCGAUGCAACCCGUAAACUGUAUGAAAAUUACAGCAAGAAAUCUGAAGACCUCCGGUCAAAUCAUAAAGCAGAACAGCAAGUGUUACGGGUAAGUAAUGGUCUUUUUAUUGAUAUUUUUCUAAUUAAAAAAGGAAAAAUGUAUAUAGAAUUUUCUAAUAUCCUAGGACUGUUUUUUUCUGUUAUGAAGAGAUAACCGGUUUCCUUUUUGGCAAUAUGGAUAUAAUUUACAAUAUUUUUUAAUUAGUUUGCAAAAUAGUACUAUUUACUUUGUCAGAAGAAAAUAAAGAGGAGAGAGUGAGUAUGUGUGUAUCUUCCAGCAUACCUGCAAUACGUCCGGGUUUGGCCCUGAGACUCCAGGUGUGACAGCACAGCUGCACCAAGGAGAAUGCCAGGACCUCUGUCUGCAGUCCAAGCUGCGUGGGACAAGGACAUACAGUGUGAGACUGCAGCCUCCACAGCUGAGUCAUGUUUUGGAUAGUUGGGUUUUAGUGACUGUGAAAUGCUGACGUGAGAGAGCAGAAGUGGUCCUGUAUCUCAGAUCAGUUUUUUCAUAUGAUAGAAUGAGCAUUUAGUAGACUAAAGGCAAAAGGGAAGUGUGAUUGGUAGAGAAGAAGUUUUUUGUGCUUAAGCCUUGUUGAGUUGAGACACGGUGGCGGAGCUACUAACCUGUAGAGACAAAGUCCAGGAUUUGAAGAGUUGUCACCAGCUGCAAUCAGGAUGAUUAUGGACAAGGUGGAGAUCUAGAAAUGUUAUGUGCAAUGUGAGUGAUAAUGGGGAAAUCUGCUGAGCUGUGAAGAAGGUUCUCCUUCAGCAUUUGAAGGAUGAGGCAAGGCUAGAUGAAUAAGAGGAACAGGUAAAGUAAGAGGUAGAUUUUAGUUUACAAUAAAUGCAUUGCAGUAAAAUUCUGAAAAACCAUAGACUGAAAAUAUUUGGAAGGUUUGUUGCUGGAGCAAUGCCCACCUUCUCGCCACUUUUAAUCCAACUCUAAUAUCACUUUAUAGAGACCUAAUUGUGCAUUUUCAAUUACUUGAUCCUAUUAGAUGCUUACCUGCUUGAUAUGAGUAUUAUUAUAGGGGCCACGGUUUGAAGCUACCAAUCAGAUCAGUGUUAGGUGUUGGUGACAUCCAGAGCAAAUGUAGCAGAUACAGAUUUUCCAAGCAAGGACUUGGACAGCUGAUCUUGUAACACUAACCAUGCAUGGGUAAAUCGGCUGUAAAAAAAAAAAAAAAAGAAAAUGGCAAUAGAAAUCUAAAAAUUACAUUCCAUUUUCUAGGCGGCUGUUGCUGAACACGAAGAAACCUUUAAGAAAAGUGUAGAGAAAUUACACAACGUAGCAGAGAAAAUUGAAGAAAAACAUGGUCGAAUUGUAGAAUUGGAAAACCUUAUGAAAAGAAUGGAAGAAGUGCGUAUGUGUGUUAUUAUAUGCUGUUAGAAAUUAGACAUUUGGUAUAUCCCUCUCUAUUUAUUCUGCUAAUAUUACAAAUGGGGGGUAGGGAGAAAAACACUAGUGUGUGCCUUGUUGCUUAUGUCUCAAAUGUACCUUCAUAUUUAGAUGGUUGGCAGUUCUGGAGCGUAAAUGGCUUUGUAAGAGGCCACAAAGAAAUAUUCACUAAGUGUGGAGGACCGCCGUCACUAAGUACCAUGCCCACUGCUCAUUCGUGUGUUUUCUCCUGUGUAUUGUAUGUUUCCCCUUGUUCCCCUUGUAUUUUGUGUUAUCCGCCCUGUUGACCGUUUGGGAGCACUCAUGCAAACGGAACCUGUUUGUCUCCCGAACGUGGACCACUCCAGUACCCCGUUAGAAUAUUCACACCAAUCAAUCAGAACAUUUACACCUGCAACAUAAGUGUGAAACCGUAAGGGCAGUAAUUUAUGAGUGUUCCCCUGGGUGACCGCCAUUUUGUAUAGGCAAACGCCACCCCGGGGCAGCAUUCAUAUCCCGAAAUGAGACGCUUCCCUUGCGGGGUCUUCGCAUCGGGACUCCACGAACGGGUCCCUGAGGUUGGUGGGGACACUGUUGAGGUACUGGCGGUUUGGAUCGCCCUACCUGCUUCUAACUGAGCUACAAUCACUACUUUACCCUCCCGGGAGCUUUGAGGCCAGGCUCAUAGCUGCCGAAGGAGCACUCUCCCUGGGGCUGCCUAAGUGGAGGCAGCUACCGGAGAGAGGCGUAAGCCCCAGGGGAGACCCUCUAGGCGUGAGUCAGCUUCGCAGCCGUUCUGCUGGCCGCCUGGAAGUCUGUGUCAGCCAAUGGGAAAAGGAGCUCCCAUUCAAACUGGGUUCGAGCCAUUCGCUUGAUAGGUCGGCACGAGUGAGCGCUGAUUGGUCGCAGUCACCCCACAGCGACCAAUCAGAGAAGGGGUGCCCAUUCAAACGGGUUUUGCGCCUUUUCUCCUGAUUGGGCAGCAAAACACCCUCUCCUCCCUGGGUGCUGAUUGGCACAAACCGAUUUUGCGCCUUUUACCUUAUUGGUUGUUGCUUGGUUUGGGCGCAAUGUUUGAAUUAACUGGCCUAAACCAAGCAACUCUAUGGAACUAAUUUCGGGGAUGUACAGAGCCUCGAGCCUAGACUUUUUACAAUGGUUUCUUGGGCUCUGUACAUCCGAUAGCCCCGCUAUUUACAGGAUUCCAAGUUCAGACCCGGGGCAACCCAGAGUUAUAGGUUUUACAUGUGUGACCUCUUCCCUUUAUGGGGACAGAGCCCCUAAGUUUGCCCCCACCCCCCCACAUGCAAUAUGGUUUAAUCUAUGCAACUGUUGUCAUGUUGAUCCUCCCAGAGCGGGAGAUGGCUAUCUGUAUCCCAUCCCCCCUCCUUCCUUGGACUAAGGGAAAUGUACUGAACUGAAUGGAGACCCCCUGCGGGCAGGGAGAUGGGGGGAAUGAAUGCCUGCUUGUUAUAAGGGUUCCUAAACGGCUGAAAGAAGGGAAUCAGCAGAGGUAACUGGUCGGGUUAUGCUAGGUCCGCUAUAGCAAGUUGUGUUGAAAACCAUCUGGGUUAUUCACUAAAAUCCAAAUGACUCAUUACCAAAUGGGGAAAUCGAUCCGGGUCUAAAUUUGGGGCAAUGGGGCUAAAUUUGUUACAGGUUUUAGCCAGACCAAAAACUGCUGAAUGGCUGAAAUCCAGAGUAAAGGCUUAAAAUCCAUGCCCAAAUGCUUCAAAUCUGGGUUUGGAUUUAAUUAUUUUUUUUUUAAUUCCAGUCUAUAUCCCCAUUUUUAGUGAUGGCGAUACCAGACAGAAAAUUGUUCAAAUUCCUCAGACAUGAGGGUUAAUUAUGUAGCGGGAGGCCUGUACGUUGAUACCCAGCUGCCACAUUAAAAAAAAAAAAAAAAAAGCCCUAUGGGGUUAAAGAAGACUCCCAUAUUACUAUAAAGGAGAUUUAGAACAGUGGGGUGAUGAGCACUCUAACAGCCAUGUCUCAUGAGAUGUGACCUAAUGGCUAUCAGAGUACACCGGACAUCCAACCGUAUUUGGCUUUAGUAAAUACGAGAAUUACCAUUGUGGCGGGAAUUCCUCAUGUUUCACAAUAUGGACCAUGUUUCCCAGACUAUAAAAAAAUAAAUGUUUUCCUCAGCUGACUGAUGCUUCAAUUACAUUAAUUAACAUUUUACAUUUAUUAUUUCCAGGAAAAGUUGGGGUUACUUGAAAAGCAAUGGUUGCUUGAGAAUGAAAUUUCCCGAAGAAUGUUAAAUCCUGGAAAGAAUGGGUCAGUCACUGUACAUGUUUUAUGCUGUAUGUGAUGGGUGCCUAGCUAGGGUGAAACCUCUACAAAAACACUGAUUUAGUAAUUACAUAAUUGGUGGUAAACAAAAAGGCUAAUCAGUUUAGUAUUUUUCCAACAACCAGAAUUUCCUCUUACAUUUGAAUUAAGCUGCAUACCACAAGGGCCAAGCCAUAUGCCUAAACCAAGCAACACUAAAUACAUGUAUGGGCAAAUAUGAUUAAUUAGGCACUUACUAGGAAAGUGUAAUGAUCAGACAGAUCUACUGCUACAGUGGAAUGAAGGUACCAUGAUGCUCAGCAAUCAAAUAUUAAAAAAAAUGCAUGUCUGUUGCUGGCUGAGAAUUGUGUGGGUGGUAGCUCGUUACUUUACUUGAAAACUGUAGAUCACUGGCAUCCAAUGCAGCGUUUUAUUGGAUUUGUUUAAAUAUGCAUCCCUAAUCGGCAGUGAUGGUCUUCCCAUAUUGUAAUCUCAUAUCCUGUAGCUGCAUUAAACUAUAUUGCAUUUAUACGGCCAUUUAUACGAUAGAUGUGUUUGCUUUAUUGAAUGGAUAUAAUUCAAACUUUUACAUUCAUAGUUUGACCUUUGAACAGACAAUAUCAUUCUAUUUAACGAUUUUAGGAUUAUAUUCUCCAAACAAAAGCACUGCGGCUAUAAUGUGAAGUGUGUCCACUGUUUCCUUUUGCUUUUUUAUUCAUUAUUUAUUUGUUUAUGUUCAGUUCAGUAGAAAUCAAGACUUUUCUAACUUAACCUUGUUACAUCUCCCUGGAUGUCCGACAGAUGGUCCUUGCUUAUUGUCUCCGUAAACUGUCAGACAGCUCAUUAAGGCAUGCGUAGCUGCAGAUACUAGUUCUGCAGAUAUUGCAAGCCAAUGUUUCAUUAUAUCAACAAAGACCACAUGCAAAACAGUUUUUUUUUAUGCAUGUUUUCUUUAACCCCUUCAGGACG